AUGUUCGCACAACGCAUGGUCCGUCCAGCUUCUGUGCUGGCUCGCCCCUUCAGUUCCUCUGUUGCUGCCUUCCGUGCCCCUUCCAUCCGUGACCUCACCCCCGACUCGGCUGCUGAGUUUAACGCACGGCAAAAGGAGUUUCGCGAGAACCUGGAGGUGUCUCGCAAGAAGAGAGAACAGCAAGAGAGUCAGUCUGUCGAUGCUUCUGCUUCUUCCUCUGCAUCAUCCCCUUCAAUUCGUGAUCGCUUCCGUGAGUACGCUACCGCUCCCACUGCUCCGCUCGAGAGCAAUGGAAGCUGUAACAACAGCCCCGACCUUGAAGCUGCAGACGUACCUGUUGAGAAGGCAUUGGGCUCACUCUCUGUUUAUCAUAAACUAGAAGACGAACAGCUGCUGGAAUCUAGCCAGUCUCCGAAGCGCGGUCCGCUGUCGUCACUCAUCUACGGAACGAAGGAAGGCCAGCAGCUCGACAAGGACAUCGAACGGUCGUUCUCGCAAGUGCUCGCCCGCGGCAAAUACGUCCAUUCCAUUGUCUUCCACGAUGUCAAGCCCGACAAAGUCGAUGAAUAUGUCAACCUCGUUGGCCAGUGGUAUCCUCGCAUGGCGACCGACCCUGAGAACAGGGUCAACUUAGUCGGCAGUUGGCGUACCCAAGUCGGCGAUAACGACACCUUUGUCCACAUCUGGGAAUACCAGCGAUACGAAGGUUACCACGCAUCCUUGCAUAAUAUCGCCUCUCAUCCCGAGUUCGAAGCCUUUGACCGGAAGCUGAAGAGCUUGAUCAAAAGCAAGAAGACGUCGCUCAUGCAGGAGUUUUCCUUCUGGCCCACAACCCCUCCUCGACGCCUCGGUGGCCUGUUCGAACUUCGUUCAUAUACUCUUCACCCUGGGAACCUCUUGGAAUGGGAGACACAUUGGCGUCGCGGCCUCACCGCUCGCCGAGAGGUCAUGGAGGGAGUCGGUGCUUGGUUUGUACAGAUUGGAGACUUGAACACAGUGCACCAUCUCUGGCAAUUCGCCAACCUGGAGGAGCGGAAGAUUCGCCGCGAACAGUCCUGGGGCAUUGAAGGCUGGGCGGAGACGGUGCACAAGACCGUCCCGUUGAUCCAGAGCAUGCAGAGUCGGAUCUUGAUCCCGAUGCCGUGGAGCCCUGUCGGCUAA